GGAGCCCGCCUGAGCACCACCGUGAGUGCGAUGAGCGGUCUACUGUCCAACGGCAUGGUCCAAACAGCCGCACUCAUCGCCAGCCCGUACCUCGUACCGCGUCUAGUCCGCCUCGCACAAGCCUGGCUCAACCCUCGACCAAAGGGCGCGCGCGCACCGGCUCAUCCCGCCUCGCGACCACCUGCACGACAACGACGACGACCCGACAGCUCCAACCUGGCCGCCUUCCGCCUCUUUGUCGUCACCCUGGGCGUCUCGCUCGCCCUCUUUUCGGCCCUGUCGCCUCCACAUAACCUCUUCCUCUCGUUGUCGACCCCGCACUCGACCCUGUCGACCCUGUUCCCGGUCCUGCGCCGCCCUCUCGACCUGCGCCUCUCGACCGACACCCUCGCGCGCCUGUGGACCGCCUCGCUCGCCGGCCGCCGCCCGCUCACCGACGACGAGCUCCUCCUCGCGUCGCGCCUCCAGACGCUCGACGCCCGCCUCGCCUACAUCGCCUACGGCGCCGCACCCUUGACCCAGUGCGCGUGGUGCCGCCCGACCGGCAGCAACAGCGCGACCGGCCUCCUCGGCACCGACUACCUCCUGAGCGUCCUUCCCGGCGUCGCCGUUGCCUACCUGACGGCGCUCGCCGGGAGCGGGCUCUUGCUCGCCGGCAACGGGCGAGAGCGGUGGAGGGUGUGGGCGGUCAUGGCGGUCAUGGGCGCGGCAGGGUACGAAAUGUGGAUGCGCCUGACCUGGGACGGCGCGAGGGGAGGAGUCGGAGGGAUCGUCACCAUGCUCCACUCGAAGCUCCACCUCCUGCGCACCCUCUUCUCGGCCCUCCUCCUCGUCGCCUCGUUCCUCGCGCCGGCCGCCUCGGUCCCGCCCGCCCAGCCGACGACCGCCGCACUCGUCGCACCCGCCGUCGCGUCCCUCGCGGCCCAGAACGAGGCCGUCCUGCACCGCCUGCGCGCCCUGAGCAUGCAGCGCAUGGCCGUCCUGCACGACGACGACAUGCGCGACAAGGUGACGGCCUUCUGGGCGGCGGCGUCGCACGAGUCGGCCCUCGCGCGCGCCGACCCGUCCGUGCGGCGCAUCGUCGAGGCGCAGCUGCGCGCCGGCGGCGACGCGAGCGCGAGCGCCGCGUUCCGGGUCUGGGUCGAGGGCGUCAUGCGGCCGCCUGGGGAGGACGCGGGCGCGACGGCGGCGGGCGAGGGGCGACGAGGGCCGGGCGACGAGCUGGAAGGACGAGGAGAGAAGGGGGACGAGGAGGAGGCGGACGAGGUGGACCCAGACGAGGACGAGCCGCCGCUGUCGGCGUAGAGGCGUGCAGUGUACACUCGAG